AUGGAUAAAGGAAUGCAAGAGCGGCUACUUGGAUCUGAAGUAGAAGAUAAAGGUAAUUUGAAGAGGAGGGUUUGGGAUGAAUCCAAAAAGAUAUGGCGGGUUGCAUUACCGGGUGUUCUAGCUAGAGUGUCUGCAUUUGGAACUAUUGUGGUGACACAAUCAUUUGUUGGACAUAUAAGUAACUUAGACCUUGCUGGUUAUGCACUUGUACAGACCCUUAGUGUGCGGUUUGUGAAUGGGAUACUGGUUUUUAUCUUUGGACUUGGCAGCAAGUAA